GACGUUUUCUCCAUUCGCUUACGGCUGGUGGAAUUCUGAAGAUUCGAGAACCUAACGGGUCGGAGACAGGCGCGAUAGGGCCGACGCGUCCUGCAAGUCGGGCCCGUAGAGCCCGGCCCGACGAUAGGUCGGAUGGAGCCUCGAUCGAAUCGGGCCGACCGGGUCGUGUCAAGAUCCUUGGUCAAGGUGGGAGUUUCUCUGGGCUCUGGAAGGCGCGAUGGAGGAUUCCAUCGACUGCAACAUCGAGAACCAGUCGAGAUGACGGCGAGAGAGCAGUCAAAUAUGGAGUCCAUGUUGAAAUGGAUCUCUUUUUCGGUCUUGUUGGCUUUUUUGUUCUGCCUCGUCUGCUGGCUGGCCGUGUCCGCCGUCCUCCGCCUCGACGCCACCAACCGACGGCUUCGAUCCCGGGUGCAAGACUUACGGGGGGAGGUCCAAGGCCUUCGGGGGGAACUGGAACAUUUCCAAUCCCAAAUCAUUGGAGUCGUGUCUAAGCAAGAGAGGAAGGACGUUCCGAGUGAAGAAUCAGUGUGUGAAUACAUCCUGGAGAUUCUCGAGGAGGAAGACUCCGAGCAGGAAGGCUGCAAAAGAGUGAACAUUUUCCUCGAAUGGGGAAGUGCCGACGAAGGCAGUUUGGGCUAUCGCCUCCCGAUAGGGAAAUGCUACGACGGAGGGAAACGGAGCCCACAAGUACGCGGACGGAAGCGACACACCCUUGGUCGUCAGAAGCAUCAUCGACGCGAGAGAAACUGAGUGCUCCAAGGAGACAGCCUGGGCCCAACCCUCUUUGUCACAUACAUAUCAAGCUUGGCGAACGGAAUCAAAAGGGCUGCCCCGACCAUACAAGUGGUUUUUUACGCCGACGAUCUUGUCCUCUUUCCACCCUCCCGGGACGAUCUCCAAUCCGGGUUGGAUGCGCUCCUGGCACGGUCAAACAUUGACUACCUGCAGGUGAACAUCGCGAAAACAAAAAUUAUGAAGUUAAGAAAAGGCGGCCGGCUAAGUAUGACUGACUCCUUCGCACUUGGGGUGCACCAUGUAGAGAUUGUCAAACGCUUCGACUACCUCGGGGUAUCACUACAACCUACCUUAACGUUCACCAAUUUCGUGGAAAAUAAGAAAAAUGAAGCGGCAGCGGUGAUCGGCAGCCUCCACAACUUACACCGGCUCUCGACCUCAACAGCAAUGAAGAUGUACCGACUCGAAGUCCAACCCAUCGUUACCUACGGCCUGAAGCCAAUCGCCCACCGGCUGAAGAUAGACCACAUGAUAGACCUGGACAAAAUCAAAUGA